AUGACUGCUGACUCCACGUUUCAACCUAACUUCGAAUCAAGCCGUGUGUUUCGUCAUUACUCUACAAAGUACAAGACAAGAUCUUAUACUACAGAUGAGUUUGUCAAAGAGAAGGUGGGAUGUCCACUCACUUCAGAAACACUUGCUGGUUCAAGUACUAUUGGGUAUAGGUCUCUGACUAUGUACUUUAUAGAUCCUUAUCAUUUCGAGUAUCAUCCCAUUAUAGAAGAGGAUUACAUUAAUGAUAACUAUUCCAUUACUUUUUUCCGUUUGGGUGAUGGACUUCUGGGACAUGAUGGUAUUGUUCAUGGAGGUUUAUCUGCAACUUUAUUAGAUGAGUUGACUUGCAGAUUAGCAUUUCAGAAUUAUAAGCUGAAGAAAGCAGUCACCGCUAAUUUGAACAUUAAUUAUCGUCAACCAGUGAUUACCAAUACCUUUGUAUUGGUGAAAUGCCGUUUACUGCGUAAGGAAGGUCGUAAGUGUUGGGUUCAGGGCACUGUUUAUCGGAUUAAUUUGGAUGAAGAUCCCGAAUUCGUGGAAUCAAAGGAGAAUAUUUUAAUAGAGGCAGAAGUACUUGUUAUUGAGCCCAAAUGGGUACACCAGUUACAAAACCAGGUUUAG